AUGGAUGACAUAUAUGAACAAUUAAAAAUUAUUGAUUACAGCUUAAUAUGUUUUUUAAAUAAAUACAAAAUAAUACAUAAAUACAUAAAUUACAUUCUAAGUAUAUCCCUAAACACGAUAGAUGAUUAUAACAAAUUAAUAAAUAAAAUUUUAUGUCUAUAUAAACAAAAUGUAUACAAUGCGGUUCAUAAUAACAUAAGUGAGUUCAAAGAAAAAGAGAAAAAACAAAAAGAGCAAGACAAAAAUAUAAAUGAAAUAAAAGAAAAAUUAAAAAAGGCUGUAAAGCUGACCAAGACAAAUGUAAAAAUUAAAGACGAUAACCAAGAAGAACAAAAGGCACCAGAAAUAGAUCCCAACUUAAAAAUAAAUUUACCUUACAACAUAAUAUCCCUAUAUAAGCUUCGAUAUUAUAAAAAUUUAUUCUUUAAGAACUAUUCGACAAUAACAAAGAAUGAUAACUACUUAAACGCAAAUGAGCAGAGAAAAAAUUUCCUUUUAAAAUUGAAAUGCUCAGCAAAUGUUAGUAAGAGGAAUAAUAAUACGGGAAGUGAUAUAUUUCAAGAUGAUUAUAAAAACAUGUUAAGGAUAUUAAAUGAAAAUACUUUUUAUAAUGAAUCUCAAAAACUCAAAGACAUAUUAAUUAUAAAUAAAUAUUUAAACAAAGCCAAAUAUUUAAUCCAUAAUAUGCCUCAAUUUUUAUGUACCAUAAUUGAAGAGUUUGAAUUAACAGAGUCUAAUUUCCAUGAGCACAUGUACUUGUUUAUCCUUCUAGCCAUAAAUAAAUGGUUUAAAAGAAUUAUAGUAGAGUGUGAACGCUUUAUUUCAUAUAACAAAGGACAUGCAUACAAAAAAAAUACCGAGACAAAUGAGAUUUAUAAAAAAUUCAAUGAAUACAUGAACGACAUAUUACAAAGAGGUGCAGAACAAACAGUAUUGUUUAAUGAAGAGAAAUGUUUUUAUUGUUAUCCUUCAAAUUUAAAUUUUAAUAUGAACACCUCGUUUUUAACAUAUUAUUUUUUAUAUAUAAAUAAAAGUUUGUUUAAUUUCUUAGGAGGAAUUUACAGCCAUACUCUAAGAAAAGGAGAAACAAAUGAAGAUCCUAAUAAAAAGAGAAAUAAAUUGAUAUUAUUAAAUGAUGAUAAAGAAGAUAGUGUAUAUAUGAAAAGUGAUAUUUAUAAUUAUAAUUUGUAUAAUGAAUAUAGUGAAAUGGAUUAUUUAAAUGAUUUGUGUUUUCACCUGAAUAAUGAAAAAAUAUAUCCAAAUAUAUUUUUAAUAUGCAAUUAUUUACUACAAGAAGAAACGAUAAAUGUAAUGAACAUAAUUUAUGAAAUACAAAGAGGUGCCUUUGACGUUCUUAUAUUACAGGACAUUUCUAUAGUUAUACAAAUAGUAUUAUUUUUUUUAAAAAAUUUAAAAAAUGUGUUCAAAGAAGAAAUAAAGAGGGGAAAUUAUCAACUUGAUUAUAUGGAUAGAAAGGAUAAUAUUGAAGAAAUACAUGAAAAUGAUAAAAAAAAAAAAAAUUCUGAUAAAAUGUCCAUAAAGGAAAAAGAACAAAAAAAUGAAAAAAAUGAAAAAAAUGAAGAAUAUGACGAAUGUGACGAAUGUGACGAAUACGAGGAUUUUCGUAAAUGCAUUUCUACAACUAUCCUAAAUUAUAGUUAUUCAAAUGACUAUGAUGAAUUAUUAAUUCCUUUACGUUUAAUGUUUUUAAAUAUUUUGAAGUUUAUUCAUGUAACUGUCAAAAGUGAAGAUCGAAAAUUUAUUUGUACCUUUUGGCAAAAGGACUGUGUUAGUGAACACACAGAAACAAUACAAAAAGUACAUGAUACUGAAUUAGAAGAAAUGAAUAAUAUUAAAAUAAUGAACAAAGAAAAUAUACAAAACGACAAGGAUAGCAUUGUUUUAAAUAAAGAAGAUGAGCAAACAAAUAUUUUAUAUAAUAAUAACUCCUAUGAUUUGAGAUGUUUAAAAUAUGAAUGUAAUGAAAAUAACUGUUAUGUUUUUAAUCAAAGGAAAAAUAAAAAAAUAUAUGAAAAUAUAGAGGAAAAUCAAAAUAAAAAUAAAAAUCAAUAUCAAAAUAAAAAUAUAUAUCAUCAAAUUUAUAAUAAGGAAAAUAUAAAUUUAGUCAUAAAUAAAAGAAUAUUAUGUUAUGAUUUCUACAAGGCUGUUGUAGAAAACGUACAGAAAGUAAAACAUGAUAUUGAAAAUAAAAACAACAGAGAUAUUUAUACAGGUAUUUUAUUAAAAAAAAGUAAAUAUAAAAUAGAUAAUGAUAAAAAAACACCUAAUAUUACAACUAUGAAACCUAAAAAUAAUGCUCCUAUCAAAAAAUGUAUAACUCAAAGAACCGAACCAAAAGGGAAAAUAAGUGAAUCAACAAGUGCGAUUAAAAAUAAUACAGAAAAAAUGCAAAGUAAAAAUAUAAUAAAAGUUCCAAAAAAAAAUAUAAACUCUAAAAUGAUAAAUGUAAAAAAAAAUACACCACCUACUAAGAUCAAUUUAGACAAAAGUAAAGAAACCUUUGCAAAAAAAUUAACAAAAGUUAAAGUAUCUGAUAAAAAGUAG